AGUAAAAGACACCAACUGAAGGCAAUUAAAAAUAGAAACGAACACGAAAUGGCGGGAGAACCGUCGAGACAGAUUUUGCAACCACCGAUUCGCCGGGGCCAAACUGCUGUUUGAUUCCGACCAUCCUUGCAAAUAAUUAACGAACCCUAAAUCUAGCACACCCUGUAAUUGAUAAAAGAAUACAAGCCUGCUAUCACCAGAGCCGAGAAUGGCGAGGGGCAUCUCUCCUCAGCCGUCGAAACAGGCUGCAACACCUCCUCACGCGGAGGAUGAAACCGUCGGGGACGCCAACGUUCGAUACGCUGCUUCUUCUGGAGGAGUUAACAUUUCGGGCGGGCAUCGGAAGAAGACGGCGGGAUUGAAGUCGUGGCUGGUGCUGGACUCCACGGGUCAGGCCCAGGUGGUGGAAGCGGAAAAACACGCCAUAAUGAGGCGGACGGGCCUCCCGGCUCGCGAUCUUCGGAUACUCGAUCCGCUGUUGUCAUAUCCCUCCACCGUUCUGGGCCGUGAGCGCGCCAUUGUUACCAAUUUGGAGCAUAUAAAGGCUAUCAUCACGGCCCAAGAAGUUUUCUUGCUCAAUUCUAGAGACCCCUUAGUUAUUCCUUUCAUCGAUGAACUCGAACGAAGAAUUUUGCGCCAUCAUCAGGCCAUCAAGUCGCUGGAAGCUGGAGAUGGAGAGAACACAAAAUGGACACAUUUGUACGGUUUGGGAGAGCCACAUCCAAGGACAAUAAGUCCUCGAAAUUCUUCUAUCAAUUUCCCAAGCAAGGAAGAGGAAGGGAAGGGGGAUGGCAAAGAACAAGCUGCAGAGAGUCGAGAUGGUCCAAAGUUGCUUCCUUUUGAGUUUGUGGCUUUGGAGGCUUGCCUUGAGGCUGCUUGCAGUUGCUUGGAAAAUGAAGCAAGGACAUUGGAGAGAGAAGCUCAUCCAGCUUUGGAUAAGUUAACUUCAAAAAUUAGUACUCUCAAUUUGGACCGUGUCCGCCAAAUUAAAAGCCGUUUGGUUGCUAUAAGUGGACGUGUUCAGAAGGUAAGGGACGAGUUGGAGAAUCUACUUGAUGACGAUGAUGAUAUGGCAGAAAUGUAUUUGACAGACAAAUCGCAGCAACAACUAGAUGGCUCUUUCAAAUCUUCCGUGCUUGUUCAAGACGGUACGGAUGAAGACGUUUGUGCUGAGAUGGAUGAUAGGCAUGUGGAAACCUCUGUGUUGCUGUGUGAUGAUCCUACUGUUCUCAGCAAAGACAGCGCUGAUGAUGCACAUACCAAUAGUACCCGCAGUUCCCUAAGCAAGCAGCUUGACGUGGAGGAGCUUGAAAUGCUCCUGGAAGCAUACUUUGUUCAGAUUGAUGGUACCCUAAACAAGUUAUCCACACUGAGAGAGUACGUAGACGACACGGAAGAUUACAUCAACAUUAUGUUGGAUGACAAGCAAAAUCACCUGUUGCGAAUGGGGGUCAUGCUAACAACAGCAACCCUUGUGCUGAGUGUUCUCCUGACUGUAUCUGGUGUUUUUGGCAUGAACAUCAAAAUUGAUAUUUUUGAUGAUAAAGAACAUGGGAUGAAUGUGUUUGCCAUUGCAUGGUAUAAACACAGACGGUUGCUAGAAUGACGUGCAAACUGCAUUCUCACCUGUUUGUAGCUGCUUCUUAGCAUGUUGUGUUUCAGGAUGAAGAAUUUUUGCAAGAUUGAUUGUCAAAUGUCCAUGAGAAUAGAGAAGAACACGUGAGCUAGGAACAAUAUUAGCUUGUUAAUAGAUAGUGGAUUCACAUUGUGUACCCCGUUGUAACAACAAAUAAAUACUUCUUCUAUAUCCUGAUGUUUUUCUUGUGUAACAUUAAGGUGUAAAAAGAGCAUGAUUACAAAAGCUUACCUGUUAAGCCAAGAAAGAAUAGCUUGGACAAAUUUCAAGAGUGUUCUCUGUAAACAUGUUCAGCAAAGACUGAAUCUUCAUCUGUCAAACAAAUUACAAGCUGCUAAUGCCAUGUACAGUUGGGACAUCGAAGAGCAAGCCAGUUUUCAUUGUUUGGUUAGAGAGAAUUGCUGGAAAAGGUAUGUAAAACAAAAGGAACAAAACAACCCUCCCAAUGCCAAUUUCAUCAGUUACAAUUGUACCAAGGCCAAAAGACAUAAUUCAUCAAUUUAUCUUAAGACCAUAAAAAAUACAAUUUUGAGUUAAAACAACAAAAAGGUGGUUAGGCAGAGCGAAGGACUAGUUUUCCCUCUCUCAUUUGCUCUGAAUAGGUAAAAACAAAGGUUAACAUUCACUCUCUAUAGUACCAAAAACGAUUAGGUAUUAGAGAUUUACUUCUUGUAGGAUCAUAAGAAGCAAAUUGAUGAAUAAUAAUAGGCUUCCCCCAUGUAAGGUAAGUACACCACCCAGCCACUCCUAUAUUUCUUCCCUUUUCCCCUAAUUAAACCAGCACCUCUAUGAAUUCUCAACAGAAAGCAAUAUCAAAGGUCACAUACAUUGAAAAUUUUAAAACUGCGGUAAUCGACUAGGUUCCUAGCCAAGCAUCUAUGGAUAACCAUUAACUUAGUAUUCAGAUGAACUAUAUAAAGCAGGAUGCAUUACAACACAACACUUCAGAUUACAUGUCAUCAAGUAUGUAUUCAGAGAAGCAACAUUCAUUCAAACACAGCUUCACCAUCGCUCACCAUUAAGAAUUGAAACCAUCUCAUUAGCGAAGACAUUUAAAUGCAUCAAGCAAGAAAAACACUCAAACGGCGACAACCUACUUAUAAUCCAAAAAUUUGCAUACUUCAGCAGUAUCAUCACCAAUCAGAACAAAAGUACGAUUACCACAGAAACUUUAACAUCUUGAAAUAGUCUCAAAUUUCCCAAAAAGCAUAAUCUAAGAGUACUGUAAGACAUCAUUUUUCACCAAAACUAACAAUAAUCCAUUAUAAAAUAACAUCCAAGAGCAUA